AUGGGGUUCACUGUUCAGCAGAAGAUCGAGAUUUGCCUUCAUGCCGAAGCGAACCCUCAAAUGACCCAGAUGAACUUGGCUCAAUGGGUCAGGCAGAAUUAUGGCCUUGCCCGUGCCCCUUGCCAGACCACGAUUUCCCGGAUUCUUUCGAGUAAGGCCGAGUUGAUUGCGUCAAUGACCCCUGAUCUAAGGUUAGUGCGAAGAAGGAAGAGAACCAAUCCAGUUCUCCGUCGAAUUUUAACGGAAUGGAUGACUCAAGGGGUGUGGGAGAAACACCCUAUGCCCACGGCGAUCAUUACCCUGGUGGCUAGUUCAAUUUGGAAUAGAUUACCAGCGCAACUCAAGGAGGGCACAGGUGAGUUUAACGGGAAGUGGAUCAACAAUUUCGUCAAACGCUUGAAUAUUGACGUUGAUGAGAUGGAUAUGGGUUAUCCACUCAAUAAGGUUUGGGAACUUGAAGAAAAAGUGGAGUUGAAACAGUAUCUCCAAAAUCUAAUUGCGCUAGAGGGAUACCAGCCACAAGAUAUAUUUUGCAUCGAGGAAUUUUCAUUAUUCUAUUCAUUACCGUUGGAUCAAAUAUUUGAUGUAUCAUCGAUUGAUCUCGGAUUGAAACAAGCGGACGCUCCGGCAGAGAGAUCAUUAACAAUCAUGCUUAGCUGCAAUUUAGACGGGCUGGAAAAGUUUGAGCCCUUAGUGGUUGGGAAAUACGAAAAGUUUGACGUAUUCAAACAUCCAAGGUUUACCCUGGGAGCAUAUCAGUCAAAUCGUCAAAUUCUCAACAAAAUCAAUCAAGAAUUUGGUAUUCAAUACUCCAGUAAUGUCAACAAAUGGAUUACAUCACUGAUGUUCCACAAGUACUUGUUACUGUUACAUCAAAAAUUGAGAGCCGCCAAUCGAAAAAUUGUCAUUAUUCUAGAUGAUUCGAGUUCACACCGAAUUAUUAAUCUCAAGUUCAGUCACAUUCGGUUAAUAUAUUUGAAAAACAACAGCAAUUUGAAGUUUCCGAAUUAUGCUGAUCACGGGGUCAAGUAUGACUAUCUUCCACUCAAUUAUGGAAUUAUUGAAGAGUUUCGCAUAAGGUACCGCAUCCAGCAGUAUCAAUGGAUGAUCAACAUUCAGCAAUCAAGAUGCCACAAUCGGCUUGAAGUUUUAUCAGAGAAAGACUACAAGAUUCCCCUUGUUAAUGUGCUUGAAUGGAUUAGCUACGCCUGGAGUCAAGUUCAACCAUCCAAAAUUCAAACAGCUUGGCGUCGUACCCAUUUGUUCCCCAUGAACAAUUGGUCCGCAAAUCAAAUAGCGACGCUUCCGGCUUAUAAUGACCUUACGGACGAGCAGUCAGGCUACCACACGUUAGUUCGACUAAUCAGCCAACUCAACGUGGUGAUACCGUGGGAGAUUGACGAAUUGGUCGGGUUGGUGAAUGAAAGAGGGAAAGUUACUCUAAUGUAUUCAUCUAUUGAAGAAAUCAUUAAUAGUUGUUUAUCGGAGACUUUGGAUUAUGAGGAAUUUCUUCAGAUGGAUGAACCGAAUAAUAUGGAGUGGUUCUCCACAAAUGAUGUGAUGGAAAAACCUCCAGUGAAGCGUCAGACUCUUGCCGAUAGACAGUCAUCGAAUCAUUCCUACACUCCGUCACUAAAAUCAGCGUCAACAACACCCAGCUUUGAAGCUCCGGAAAAACCCCUAACCCCGGCGUCUCCAUAUGAGAAUGUCCAGAGUUCAGUGUUGAAAGUGCUAGAUCUAGCAAAUGGAAACUACUUGAACCUUCGUCCGGAGACUAUACUUGAUUUGGAACAGGCUUUAGUUCGUCAUGAGAUGGCCUAA